CUCCUCGUCAUAACACGCGCGACGCGUCUUUCUGUGCUCAGUCUCUGCAAACAACUUCCCCUACUUCACGAACACUUCUGCCAGUUGCAUUCUUCGCAUCUCUUCCUCCGCUUAAUAAUGCCACUACCCACCUUCCUACGCGCUCCGGACUCACCGCUCCUCGAGUCGAUGGCCUCUGUCUUCUCCGCGCUGGUCACAUAAUGCAAGGCCGACACCGACGCCGGCGUGUAUGCUCGAUGAUCACGCGUUUCAAGCAGACUACAUUGCUCUUGGAAUCGGCAUCUCCUUUGCAGCUCCGUGCUGUUCUCUGGCUACACACUCACAGGCGGAGCGUUGCACGCCAAGCUCACGGCUGGCCUCAGACUUCACCACUGUCCAACGAGUUGAUGCCGGCCCUGUCUGCAGCUCCAUCGUCUCCAGGCAUACAUCUCUUGCCGUGGCGCCGCUAGUGACCUGAUGUCUUCGAUGACUGCUGCCUUCACAGACUCGCCUCCAGCUCCGACCAAGGACGCUGCGUGGGCCACUCUCUCAAGGUUACCUUGCGUCAUCACAGAUUCACGUCCGUUCCCGCAGCCCGCAAGAGCAACGCCAACAGCUUUGGACUGCACCUCUUCCUACGCAUCUGGCAGUAGCAGAGAGUAUGUUGCUUGCGAGCGCUGGUAGCUGUCUG